AUGGCCCUGGUUCAGGCUCUGCCCAUGUCUGCUGAGUCCCACACCCGGAGACGGCACCGCUCCAACCCCUCGCCCCCCUCCGUCCCUCCCCCCUCUGCCCCGGAGCCUAUGGGCACCGUCAGCAGCCUCCUCCCCUCCAGAACCGUCCCGUACCAGGAUCACCGCUCUGAUUUGGGAGCCAGGGCGCGGAAGGCUGCUCCGGGGACUUCUGCUUACGGAUAUGAGGCACCGGCAGAGCCCUCACUGCAGAGCCUCACCACCCCAAUGAAGAAGCAAGGGUCGGGUCGUGCGCAAGAGGCGGAAAAAGGACAUUACACUUAUUUGAAUGAGGAGUAUGUGGACGACUGGAACGAACACCCGCUGAACACGGCCUGUCCCGGAGCGGAGGCGGAUGACACAAAAGACGGGAUCACAGGAAACAUGGGCGGACCACCUCCAAAACUCAUCCCAGUCUCAGGAAAACUGGAGAAGAACAUGGAUAAAACCAUCCUCCGUCCCACAGCGUUCAAACCGGUCAUCCCCAAAAGCCGCACGUCGAUGCAGUACCUGUCGCCGCGUCACUGCGCCAACGUCCAUGACCAGAACAACCUCAACCUGCUCAGUCCCACUCACAGAGACCUGUCUCCUCCCUCUCCCGACAAACGCAGCUCCUACAGCAGCCGGCAGACCUGUUCUCUGGCCGACUCGGGGAGGAACUCUCUCUCCAGUCUGCCCCCUUAUGGCGUGGCGGGGUAUGGCAUGACUGCUGAGGUCUCUAGUGGACAUUCAGAGAAGAGCGCUCAGCCAGCAAACGCACACGGACACUCCAACUCCGACAGCGGGAGGUCCUCGUCCAGCAAGAGCACGGGGUCCGGGUCGCUGACGGGGAGGGGGCAGCCUUUGUCGGACAGCGGGUCAAACGGGCGCUCCCCUGGUCCUGCAGACGGGUACGAGGGCAUCGUGAGGGAGCUGGAGGACAAGCUGCGGGAGAGGGACAUGGAGCUACAGGUGCUCCGGGAAAACCUGGACGAGAACGAAGCCGCCAUUUGUCAGGUUUACGAGGAGAAGCAGAAGCGUUUCGAGCUGGAGAUCGAGGAACUGAGGCAGAACUGCGCCACCAGAAUGCAGAGCGCCUCCCAGAAGUCUCAGCGCGCACAACAAGUCCUCCAACUGCAGGUCUUUCAGCUGCAGCAGGAGAAGAGGAAGCUGCAGGAAGACUUUGGCCAGCUCCUAAAAGAACGCGAGCAGCUGGAGGAGAGGUGCACUUCUUACGAACACGAGAAAAUCCAACUGGGACCACGGCUCGAGGAGACCAAGUGGGAGGUGUGCCAGAAAUCCGGGGAGAUCUCGUUACUGAAGCAGCAGCUGAAGGAGGUGCAGGGGGAGCUGGCCCAGCGCGUGGGAGAGAUCGUGUCGCUGAGGGGACAACUCCGAGAGACUCGCGGCGAGCUCACAAACACACAGGUGCUGCUACAGGAGGCCCACGGCUCCAACAGAACCAGGACUUUAGAGCUGGAGGUGUGCGAGAACGAAUUACAGCGUCGCAAAAGUGAAGCAGAGUUACUCCGAGAGAAAGUUGGGAGACUCGAGGGCGAGAUAGUUCAACUGACCGAAGCUUUAGCCAAUCAGCGCACAGGAAAUCGGCAAUGUCUAGUGUUUCAGGAAGUGGAGGAGCAUCUGUUGGCGUUUGAAAGUGACGAAGCGAAAGCCCAUAGACAGAGCCUGACUGAGGCCAUGCAGGGGAUCAAAGUGCAGAUGGACAGGAUGAAGAGCGAACUCACUUUCGAGCGCCAGAGAGUGGAGGAGCAGCAGGUGAACUUCGAGGAGGAGCGCAAAGUGUGGCACGAGGAGAAGGACAAGGUGAUCCGCUACCAGAAGCAGCUGCAGCAGAACUACGUGCAGAUGUACCGCAAGAACAGGGAGCUGGAGCAGCACCUGCAGGAGCUCAGCCAGGAACUGGAGAGCAGAGACGACGACGACGGCAGCGGGAACGAGAUCAACUUUGAUGAAAUCGCGGCGACAGAAAUAUGA